CUUGACCAAUCUUCUUCUACUUUUGUAAUCGUAACCAACCAUAAUUUGAAACAGAAAAUUUAUCACAAAAUGGAAACACAAGCAUUACGGUUAUGUUAUCCAUUCACACUCAUCAACACCACCAACAACAACAACAACUACCGCAAAACAUUCUCUCCUCUUUGGCGCUCUCUCUCCACCAAACCUCACACUUCCAUUUUCUCCAAACUGGAAGCCACUAACAGCAAGGCAUCAUUCAACGAGGCUGCUUUCGAGGCGGAGCGGCUCGCCCUCGACGCCGAAGCUCGACAGGCAAUGGCAGUUGAGGAGGAAGAAUCUUCUCUUAAAGAUGAUCCGAAAGCUUGGAAAUGGGUAAUUAGAAAAAGAAUUUGGGAUUUGAUGGAAAGGAAUAAUUUUGCACAAAAUCCGAGACCUGUUCAUCAUCGAAUCCCUAAUUUUGUUGGUGCUUCUAUUGCUGCUGAUAAGAUGAGGGAGCUAGAUGUGUUCCGCACUGCACAAUGUGUGAAGGUUAAUCCCGAUUCUCCUCAGAAGCAAGUCAGGUUUCUCACUCUUUCAGAUGGAAAGAAGUUGUUAACUCCUCAACCACGCCUUCGGACUGGGUUUUUCUCUGUAAUUGAGUCCAAUAUGUUAACUUCGGGUACCAUCAAGGAAGCCUGUACUUCUGUUGGGGUUGCCAAAUAUGGACGACCAAUUGGAUUAGAUGAAAAGAUAAAGGUAGAUCUUAUUGUUAUUGGAUCUGUUGCUGUUGACCCGAAGACAGGUGCUCGAUUGGGAAAGGGAGAGGGAUUUGCAGAACUUGAAUAUGGUAUGCUGCGAUAUAUGGGAGCUAUUGAUGAUUCAACACUAGUUGUUACCUCUGUACAUGACUGCCAACUGGUGGAUGACAUUCCGGUUGAAAAGCUGUUAAUCCAUGAUGUACCAGUGGAUAUCAUUUGUACUCCAACCCAAGUCAUUUUUACUCAUACAUCCAUUCCAAAGCCUCAAGGAAUUUAUUGGGACAAAUUGUCUCCUGAGAAACUUGGACAAAUUCGUAUACUUAGAGAACUCAAGAGGAGAAUUGAGCGAGAGACUGGACAAAAACUUCCUACUGGUCCAUCGGAGAAACUACCUCCUACUGCUCAACGAAAUAAAAGGGGUUAAGUUAACUAGUAAAUAUGAGUUUUUGUCUCAUAUAUAAUAUAAGCAAUUAUUCUUUUAAUUUUCCAGGUUCAUUGAAUAACUGAUGUAUAUGGUCCAUAAUAUGAACCAGAUCAUUGAACUUAAAAAAUGAAUCUUUGCUUAUAUAUGAGACCAGAGGCAUUAUGAGUUUUGAUGAAUUUAUGUAUAUAUUGGAAAUGUUUAACAUAUUACAUGUAAAGGAAAAUGUUAAAUAAGGCUAUAUGAAUACCAAUUCUCAAGUGAUUCAAGCAA